AUGGUGCAGCAGCUGAAGGAGUUUGACCGCUACAAGCUGCUACCCGGAUGCACGAAGGGCUGGCUAGAGAUCAUUGAGACGACAGAGGAGGAGCAGUUUGCGGAGCAGCUGACGGGGCGUAUGCCCAUCCAGAAGUUCUUGAAAGAGGUGUUACUGGACAAAGUAAACGAAGCCGUUCUAUUCAUCACUAUCACAGACUCCCUCUGCGUACACCUCAACACAAAGUUCAGUUAUAAGGCCCUGGCGCUGCGACACCACAACAUGCCGCGCCACAUAUGCGCUGAAGGCGACUUGCCAGAAAGGGAACGAAUAAGGAAAUCAAUGCAGCAACAUUUAGAGGCAAUCAAGCAGCUGUGA